AUGGCAGCCUGCAAUAAGGAAAACAACGACCACGCAUGCGGCGAACCAAUAAUUAUUACCCAUUAUGUGAAUCCGCAAUUAUUUUGGUAUACUCCGCUGAAGAAGUUGCACGGCAGCGCCGCUCAAGCUCUCAAGCUGGAGAAGAAAUUGCCCGCGCAAUGCGUUUCAUCCAAUCAACUGGACAGUUAUGAAAAGGAGCAGCAUGUGAUCGUGCGCUAUAAGCCGCAAUCGAACCCACAGAAAUAUCUUCGUGGUGUGGUGAAGGAUUGGCAGGACGAUGAAUAUUUGGUGUGGGCCAUGGAUUAUGGCUUUCAAAUCAUCAGCUCUUCGAGAUUCUUGUGGUGUUUGCCAACAGAAUUGUCGGAAAAAAUAAUGGACAUUGCCAUUGGCGGAGUGGCUAAUGUAUUGCCUUGGAAUGGCAAGAACUGGAGUGCUAUGGCUCAAAAACUUUUUGGGCUGCAGCUUUUAAAGGCACACCACCUUAGCUUCAAGCCUAUGCAGCAGAAUCAGCGACAGCAAAACUUUGGACAAUUGCUUAUGAAGUUAAUUGAUUGUAACGAAUAUCUGGUUGAUGCCGCUGAGUAUUUGGUGUUAAAUCAGUUCGCACGUAUCGCAGAAAAGGACCAUUUUCAGCUUGACAUGGACAAUUAUUGGCAACAGUCUGAAGCCACUCAUCUGGCUGAGAUUAACGAUAUUGGCAAUCUUGGUGGUGUAGGUUCCCGCAAUAUUAUCAAGCUGGUCAAGGCAGCUGGGUUGUUACCCACCAAAUCUAUUGAUCCCAACAACUCUCCAAUCUUAACUAAUGGAGACUCUACCUUUGCUGACAUUUAUUUUGAUUCCCACAAAGUUCUGCAUAAGGUGGAGCCCUGGAGCCAGGAAUGUAAAGUUCGCCAUAGAAAUGGCUAUUACCAGAUUGGGGGCCUAACACGCCCUCUCACGCGUCCUUCGGCACAACCGGAAAAGUUGAGUGUUCUACUGCAGCAGCGAACUGUGCCACCAAUACCAUUGACGGCGAAACUUCUAAGCAAGGUCAGCAGCAAACUUGAUAAUCCGGUGGAAACAGCUUUCGAAGUAAGCAGCGACACUAGUAGUGCCUGCGGAAGCUCCAGUUCGUCCAAUUCUGACAUCGAAGAGGAUGCACCGCGCCUGCAAUGUUUGCGUGCGCUGGUAGCUGACAAAUCAACGGACUCCACAGAAAACUCAGCCGCUGCAGCUUUAGGGGAUGAGGAAGUCCUGCACAAGGAGCAGAAAAUAAUUUAUCCAACGUCCAUAGGCGCCUCAAUAGAAGUUCAAAUGAAUUCAAUCCCGAUUACAUCUUCGGCUGUGUCGAAAGAGCCAUUAAAGACUCAUUCCGAAGUAGAAAAAACUAUCGAUAUUAAAUAUCCGAACGCUGUGAAAUCAGCAGAGCGUACUCAUGCUACCCCUUUAGUCUCUAAAGCUCCUGAAAAGAUGUCUGCUCGGAGUGAAUUCAAGCAAAUCAAAGCAAAUGAAAACAGAAACGAGAAAUAUACGAGCCUUGUGAAGUCAGCGGAGCCUCUUCAUGCAGUUCCAUUUAUUUACGAAUCCCACGAAAAGUAUGAUAAGACGCCAGUUGUAAAGGCAACAAAGAUUAACUUAAAAGCAGAUGAAGACAAUAAGUAUACAAACCUUUUAAGUUCAACGAAGCCUUUCCCUCUCGGAAAUGUGGCAGAAACCCCAAAUGUUCAAAAUCGUAUAUUUCCAAAGCCACAGGAUCCUUCACUAACUAAGGAGAAGUUAGACCGUAUCUUCAAUGAAAUGCUUGGGAAAACCUCGUUGGGUUCCCCACUCAGGACGGGCACGUUCAAUAGCAGUCCGAAACAAGCCAUCCCCAAGAACGUCUCUGGCCUCAGCCACAUAAACAAUAUGGUGUUGGCACAUAGCUCUGUGGAAUUGAUACCCUUGAGCAACGUCCAAGAGUUGCCUUUAGGCGCCUCCAUUCAUCAGGCCAUGUGCAAUAAGAACUUUCAUACGCCAUCCCCAAUGCAAAGUUAUGCCUGGCCCCAUCUAAUGCAGGGGAACUCGAUGCUGCUGAUCAAUAGCAUGGAUACCGGAAGGUCUUGGAGUUAUUUGCCACCGCUCUGUACGCUUGUUAUGCAGCAAAUGCAGAUGACAGUAAUGACUGGGGUUGGACCGCUUGCCGUGCUGGUGGCGAACAAUCAGGAGAAUGUCAACAUUCUGGCCCAACAUUGCUCUUUCCUACUGCAGUACUACGAGACUAUAAAGUACAAAGUGAUAAAUGCGGGUGCCAUUCAAAUGGGUGAUGUGUGUAGCAUGUUGCUGAGCACUUGUGGUAUCCUGGUGACCACAGCGUCUUGUUUGGUCAUUUUGCUGCAACAUCACAGCAAAGGCAUUCACAUCUUCGAUGCCUCGCGCUUAAGGCAUCUUAUUUUCGAUGAUUAUGAUCUUAUCAGAACCGCUGGUCCACUAAUACUGCAACAAAUUUUAGACCAACUGAAAGGCAUGUCCUUACCGCGGCUGCAACUUAUAAUGGUGGCUCAGCAGUGGCGCGCGUCUGAAUAUAUGCCACUUAUUAAACGGCAGGCACGCAAUCCACUGCUUCUUUUUGGCGACUUUCUGGAAGCGGCCAUGUACGGCUCUAUAAAAUUGGAAGUCGUCUUUAUGCAGUCUAUAAAGAAGUUGCCAAAGCUUCUGGAGUUUCUAGACUCACGCAUGUCGCUGCAGGAACGCACGCUAAUUUUCUGCAAAUCACUAGAAGAAGUGGGCACUUUACGCAAAGCGUUGCUCUCAAUUGGGCUGCAGUCUGGAAUGGCCAACGAAUCGCAAAGUGAGACGGAACGAAUAUUGCUGCUCACGGAUGAUCUUGUCACAAACAACUCAUCUGUGGUGACACUGCGGGACAUUCAACUCCUGGUCCACUACAACCUCUCCCACUCGUGGUCAAGUUUCUCGUCGCGUUUUCGGUUUGUUACGGGCAACAUUCCAAAUUAUUUUUCCGAAAAUCGAUCGGAGAAAUAUAUUACCUCCUUUAUCAUGCUAGAUGAAACCAAUAAGUUGGAGCUGCCCCGACUGGUGCAAUUUCUCCAUGCACACGGCAUCAGACAGGAAAAACACAUAAUGCAGGCUGCAGCUGAUUGUCAAAUGCAUUCGGAGCAGGGUCAUGCUCUCUGCCAGAAAACACUCAGCGUUGGAACGCGUUGUCUAAUGUCAUGCCGCUAUCGGCACUAUUUGGUCAAGGCGGAUGUGAUGAAUGCACCGUUUACGCAACAGCCAGACACACUCAUUCGUGUCCAAGUGGUGAAGGUCUACAGUCCCGUGCAUUUGGCUAUUCGUCCAUUAUGCUACAAGUUACCAGGAUGCAAUAAAUGGCGCCAAAUCUCAUCGAGUGUGGCUCAACUGGCAUUAGCACUAAAUGUUUAUAUGGGUAUACCGGAAAACCGUCGGCCAUAUCGUCAGCCGCGCAUUAAUGACAUCUGCCUCAUUGAACGGUCAACGGGCUUCAAACGAGUUCGUGUGGUAAAUUGUCAAUAUAAUGGAUCAUCGCUGCAAGUCCAGUUCAUGGACGAUAGCACUGAACCCAUUAACGUUGGCAUCUCAGAGCUGCUAUACUGCGCUACCCCAUUCCAACGCGUACCACCGCUCGUCAUCGCGGUUCGUCUCCCUGGCAUAGUUCCUGUCAUGGGUGAGGUUACAUGGUCCCGAAGUGCGACGCAGUGGGUAGAGUCUUUGCUUUGUAAUCUCAAUGAGUUACAACAUGUGCAAAUGGUCGUUGACUUCGCCCUUAAGUCCUCAGUCUAUGUUAAGGACAUUUUCGUGAUUCAGGACUGCCCCCAGAUGGGUACUAGUGUUAAGAAGACGAUGCUUUGCGGAGAACUAUUGCGCGAGGGCUAUGGCUGCAUUAGGGCGGAUGGGCCUGAAAUGUUACGCAACAUGUACGCAGAAGUGACAAAGAUAAAUUCAACUGAUGAGGAUCCUGCAGAUCCACAUUUUGGCCAAUGGUUAGACUCAGACGAAGAUGGAGCCGAGGCUGAGUUGCCUGCGAGCCCUACCCUUAAAGAUGAAAAGCAGCUAACAAGUCCAAGUCCUGCAGAAAUUGUAGAUAAUCCAGAUGUUGGACAGUGGUUGGAUUCAGAUUAUGAAGAUUCAACGCCAGUGGAGACAAACGCGCAAUAUUUUAAAACUCAGAGAGACUCUGGAGAAGACUUUGUGAAGCAAAAAAAAGACAAUUGUAAAAAUACAGCUCGAUCUCCAGAAUUCCGACACCUCGUUGACUCCCAGCACUCAAACACAACCAAUUCGAUAGCUAUUAAAGAAACAAGCAACACUUCAACGACCGAAUUUCUGAAUGUGUUGAUCAGAAAUCUUAAAGAAAAAAAGGAUGAUGUAAAACCUAACAAUACACAGCAAAUGAUGGAGGAAAUAGUGUACGGCAUAGACGAAAGAUUGAACACCGUCAGCUCGAAGUCCAGUACGCGACAGAGCAAAAAGAAGGUGUUGGUGGCGUCUCAUGAAAAGUCCGUCGACGCUGCUGCCCUAACUACCUACUCGCUCCGAUUCAGUGCUGUAGCCGGCGGUGCAGUGCGUCCCUCAAUCAAAUGGAAACAGACCCUCCGAACAAUCGUCAUCACUAUAGAGCAACAGUUGCCCGAAUAUGAGUUGAGACAUAAUAACAAUACGUUAUUCUAUUCUGUGCCAACCACAGCACCACCACAAGGUUGCAUUCUUAAUUUGCUGGGCGAUGUGACAGUUAUAUCGGAAAAACAGUGUGGCUAUUAUCUGCAGGUGAAGCUGGACAAGGUUAUUAAAACCAUUUGGCCAACUUUGCUGCGCACGGCAGUUCCCCAACAUUGGUUGACCUACGAUACGGAUCCGGAUGGCGAAUUAAGCUCUCAAGAAGCUAAAAACUAUAGAUUUAAAUCGAUAUGGCAGCAAUGCUCUGAGUUCGAAGCCAAAAACCCUGAUUUCGAUUCGGACUCAUCCGUGGAUGAAAGUGAAGAAAAUUCCACUGAACGCGCCAUAUUAGGGGAUGACUUAGCAGACUAAUUGUUCCUACAUGGGCUCCACAGCGAUUCUUUUAUAGCUCCGUAAUUUUCAAAAAUCAGUCGACAUCUCGUUCUCUUCUAAUUUAUUAACCUUUAAAUGUGUCCUAUUUUUUUUUCUUUUAAGACAACCAAUCAUCCUCACUCUACCCAUAGAAAUUCAUUAUAAAACAAUCUCAAAUUUCAUUUAAUA